GCGGGGGGCGGGGAGGGCCGCGCCGAGGGAGCCGGGCGCCGAGCAGCCGGCGGCGCCAUGUCCGCGCGCAACUGGGGCACGGAGCUGGACCUUAGUUGGAUCUCCAAAAUACAAGUGAAUCAACCAGCAGUUCUGAGGCGUGCAGAACAAAUCCAGACUCGGAGAACCGUGAAAAAGGAGUGGCAAGCUGCUUGGCUCCUGAAAGCUGUUACCUUUAUAGAUCUUACUACACUUUCAGGGGAUGACACAUCUUCCAAUGUUCAGAGGCUCUGUUAUAAAGCCAAGUAUCCAAUCCGGGAAGAUCUCUUAAAAGCUUUAAAUAUGCACGAUAAAGGCAUUACUACCGCUGCUGUUUGUGUUUAUCCUGCACGGGUGUCUGAUGCUGUAAAAGCACUGAAGACUGCAGGCUGUACAAUCCCGGUGGCUUCGGUGGCCACUGGCUUUCCAGCUGGACAGACUCAUUUAAAAACACGAUUGGAAGAGAUCAGAUUGGCUGUGGAAGAUGGAGCCACAGAAAUUGACGUGGUCAUUAACAGGACCUUGGUGCUGACGGGCCAGUGGGAAGCCCUGUAUGAUGAGAUUCGUCAGUUUCGCAAGGCCUGUGGGGAGGCUCAUCUCAAAACCAUCUUAGCAACAGGAGAACUUGCAUCUCUUACUAAUGUCUAUAAAGCCAGUAUGAUAGCAAUGAUGGCAGGAUCAGAUUUUAUUAAGACCUCUACUGGAAAAGAAACAGUAAAUGCCACUUUCCCAGUAGCUAUAGUAAUGCUACGGGCCAUUAGAGAUUUCUUCUGGAAAACUGGAAACAAGAUAGGCUUUAAACCAGCAGGAGGCAUCCGCAGUGCAAAGGAUUCCCUUGCUUGGCUCUCCCUCAUAAAAGAAGAGCUGGGAGAUGAAUGGCUGACGCCAGAACUCUUUCGAAUAGGUGCCAGUACCCUGCUUUCAGACAUCGAGAGGCAGAUUUACCAUCACGUGACUGGAAGAUAUGCAGCCUAUCACGAUCUUGCAAUGUGUUAAAUCACUGACCAAUUCCAGAAGAGCUCUUUAGAUCAGUGUUUAGAAUGUGUUUUUCUAUGUGAUUGCUAAAAUUGUUUAAUUAAAAUAUGAGGGGACUUUUUUUUCCCUUAAAACUUUCACUGAAUUUAAUUCAAAGAAUAAAAGAAAAAAACAACUAACCCAUACAUAGUAUUCUUUUCAGGCACUUUUGAAAUGGUCCUAAUUACUUGAAAAUCUGUAUGGUUAAUUUUGUGAAGAUUUUUCCCUUAAAAAUUCUGAGUAAAAUAUUAAUGAUGGCUUUGACAACGUUAAAUUCUAAGGAAAAAAAAAAGUUAAACUGCCCAAGAAAUGUGCCUUAGCAAAAGAAAACGCAGCCUCCCUGAGCUGCUGGCCCUACUCUAAUGACUUCAGGAGUCACUGACUUGGCACUAAUUUCCUGCAAUGAAAAUCUGUCUUUAAUUUUUGCAACAGAUAUGCUCUUAUAUUAAUUGUUUCACUAAUGAAACUUAUGUUGUUGUUAUAGGAUAUUAUGGACAUUGCAUUUUUAAAUAUAAAAAUCCCUGUAGUUAUUUUUUUGGAAAAAAAACACUUUAAAUCGUAACAACACCUACUGAAAAAUUAAUCCAUUAAACAUAUAAAGAGGUUUUAA